AUGAAAAAAUCAGAAAACAAAUUUCAUCAAAAAUUCGCUUAAUUUCAUUCACUUUUAGAAAUAGAUAGUGUUAAAGAUUAGAUGUUAGUGUCCUAUUAAUAAGAUUUUUAAUCAUUAAAAUCAUUUUAUGCAAAUAUUGAUUUUAAUUAUCUUUCAUGGCUCAAUGAUGUCUAUAAAACUACUUUUGAACCUAUAUAUUAUACUGAAGAAAUUUUAAGAAAUGUUAAAAAUGGAUUAAGAAGUGGAGAGGAUACUCUAAAAUAAAAUAUACGUAAAAAUCUCAUCUAAUUAUUAUUUCUUUAAAGACCUGUACCAGCUAUAUUUGUUUUUCUUAAAAUCUCAUCAUUAUCAUUUGAAAUUGUUUAUAAAGAGGAUUUCUUAUUAAUUUUAGAUACUAUGUUAUAAAAGCUUAAUUUAGAUUCAAGAUCAGAUCUCUAUUAAAAAAUGUAUGAUAGUUUAAUUGAAACAUCUGAUGAAGAAAUUAUAUUGUAAACUAUUAAACUUUUAAAUAAAAAAUUUGAACUUGCUAGUUAAUUAAACUAAAAAUAAUUUGAAGUAUUUGAUAAAAUAUCAAAUCAAUUUAAUAAAAUUGAUUUCUCUGAAUCUAAAGAUGUUAUUAUUCAAAUUGUUAAAAACUUUAGAGAAUUUUAAGAAAAAUUAAAAAAUAAACGUGAAAGUCUAGAUUAAGUUAAAUCAGAAAAAUUCCCUUAAUUUGUACUAAAGGUAAUCUUAAUGUUAUUGAAAUAAUAAGAAAUUGUUGUUCCAGAACUUCUUUUAUUUUUAUAUUUUAAAGAAACACGUGAAAAAAGAAAAUCUAUUGCUAUAAAAGCCUAAGUAAAGGAAAUUUUAAAAAUGUUUGCUAUACCUAGAUUAAAAUCAUGUUUAGAUCACUUAAAAAUAGAAGAUACUAUAUUUUCUAAAGGAGCUAUUGGUUAUGAUUAAUUAUAUUCAUUAUGUGAAAAGGAAUAUCCAAUUUUUCUUAAUUUAAAACUUAAUGGGGCAUUAAUAUCUUAUAUAGAAUAUUUACAUUAAGCAACUCAUAUAAAUACUUAAUAAUUUUUAAAUGUUUUUGAGAAUUAAGAAUUUAAUGAUUUUUUAGAAUAGAUUUGGAAUAUUUGUGGAAAAGAAAUCUAGCAAUUAUUACAGAAUAUUCUUAUAGAAGAUUUGGAAUAUGCAAAAUAUGGUUCAAAUAUUUUAAGAAUAGGAACAUUUUUAUAUAGAAUAAAAUUUAAAUUAGAGAAAAAGAAAUUGAACAUAAUGGAGAAGGGUUAUGAUGUAGAAGAAUAAUCAUUAGAAAGACGUACUUAUGGAGUAACAGAAAGAAGUAUGAAUCCUUUAUUCAAAACUUUUGUAACUGAUUUAGUUCAUAGAAAGAAACCAUUUCCAUUAUUACUUAAAACAUUAAAGAUGGAUUUAUAUAAUUUGAAGGUUGGAUAUAGGAUUACUGAGAUGAGAGAAUUAGUUGUGGAUCCUAGGUUUAAAAAACAUAUGAAAGAAAAACAUGGAGUUGUUUGGAAUAGGGAAGAUCCUGAUGAAAAUUUAGAUCAUAUCAUUGCUAGAUAAUAUCCUAUUAAGGUAAGCAAUAAUGGUAAGAAAUAUGAACUUAAUUGGCCUAGAUUAAUUAAAAAAUAAGCUAAAUUAAUUUAUGAUAGUAGAGAACAAUUAAAAACUUAAUUAUUAGAUGUUUAUGCUAAUCAAAAUUUCAUUAAAGUUUAUAAUGAAUUGAUUAAAUUAAAUGAUAAUAAUAAAAAGAAAAUGUAAACAAAAGAGAUUUUAAUCAACUUAGUUGCAUAUAUUAAAUCUAUAAAAGAAGAAUGA